AUGGCGACGGACACAGCAUCGAGACGAGACACAGGCGAGACGAGACACAGGCGAGACGAGACACAGGCGAGACGAGACACAGGGCGACAAUACAGCGUGGCCACGACGCUGUGUCCGGCCGGGAGAUCCCCUGUGCCACUGCAUAAUGUGCCUCUGAUGUGCCUCGGUAGCGAGAUCAUCGUGUCUACCUGGAUCAUACGGAGACGGCAACAUACUCCAACGGCUUUACCCCAGAGCUCUACGGAGUACUCCAGGAUAUUUAUCCGACCAGACAGCCGCAUGGAUGCAGGGCUCGCGGCUGAAGGAAUAGUUGGCACGCAGCUGAAUACGGAUGAAGAUACCGAGGCAGCCCCGCCAUCAGAUCACUCAAGCCACUUCAACACGCACUCUAUUGACGACACCACCACAAUAAUCUCCGUACCGCUCCCCUCACAUCGUCUGGCUUCCUCUGCUCUUCGCGCACUACAGGUAGACCUCGAGCUAUCUCCGCUGGUCAAGCGCACAUUUCGUCUCGCAAGCCCACAUUCGUCCAGCAUCCCUACGUCGCAAACAGAAAUACAAGCAAAUCCAACAGCGGAGGGGGAUAAAGCAGGACAGACUACAACAGACACUGCUAGUGAAGGCAGCGAGCAAUGUCUGACCGUUCUGGAGACCGAGUAUAGAGCAACUACCAACAGGAUGCUACGGGUAGCAGUCAAUGCGUUUAUGGACUCGCUAAGCGUGGUUGUCCGGGUCAUGGAAGAGUUGGAUGUCGAUGUCUUAGAUGCUGAGCUCGGGAGGUCAUCGUAA